AUGUCCGUGACAACCUACGUCCCAAAACCAGCGAUGGAAAACAAGCUAGUCGUCUGUAUCUACAUAGACAACACCAAUCUAUGGAUCGAAGGUCGGAAGACAUACGCUAAGAAAAAGGGUCUCGACACGAGGACAGAUCCAACGUGGCGGUUUGAUGUCGGUCGCUUGAAGACUACCCUCCUGAAGAAAAUCACUUUACCUUCUGAAAAUGUAGAGGUCAAAACCAACCUGUAUGGCUCCAGACCACCUCCAGUCGACACUGUGUGGGAAGCAAUCAAGUGCCAUGAAGUCUAUAUCCACACAUCGAAGCGAAGUACAUGGACAGGGGGCGAGAAAGGCGUGGACCAGCAACCCACUGCCGACGCCGCAUUUCAAGUAUCCGCUGAUUAUUACACCGAGGUCUCAAGCGAGUAUAUAAUCGUCUCCGGUGACCGAGACCUUCUUUCGGCGGUCAAUAAAAUCGCCGACAGCGGUUUUCCUGUCCACGUUUGGUCGUGGAAGGAUAGCCUCGCCAGUGCAUAUUACAAGGGAGAACAGAAAGACCGUAUCCACGUGCAUCUGCUUGAUGAGUAUAUCGAGGAUAUCGGCUUCUGCGAGACUACCUUUCGCGUUGACCGCAGUACCAUUGACCCUCACAGCAUCGUGGUCAUUGAUCCGCUGCCAAAGGCCGAUGCUAUUGAUGAGCUCGUCUCGAAGUUAAAGACCCCGGUAUAUCGGUACGAGUGUCGUACGAAGCGACCGAAUGCAUCCAACAGAGAUCUCGUCAUUAUACCAGCGCUAGCCAGGAUGAUGAAGCCCGCCGACCUCGAGGAUUUAUUCUCAGCAUGUGAAAGCGAGACUUGA